AUGAUCCACUAUAUUUUGAAACCCCCAAGGAGUCCUCUUCAGGACCUCAAAUGUGGAAAUGAAACAGUUCAGGAAUUUAAUGCUCCAAGAACUAGAAAAAGCUCUCGUCGAGUCAGCUUUGCAGAUACCAUAAAAGUAUUCCAGACAGAGUCUCAAAUGAAAACAGAGAGAAAUUCAGAAAUUACAGGAAUUACAGAGACAGAAACCAAAAAAAUUGUCCUGAAUCUACAGAAUAAGAAUUCAGAUGAUAAUUAUUGUGCAAUUACUGGUAUGAACACAUUACUUUGUGCUCCUAUUCAGACCCAGGUGCAACAAAAGGAGCUUUCAGUUAUAGACUACAACCAUGAAAAGAAACAUGCAAAUGACCAGACAGUCAUUUUUUCAGAUGAAAACCAAAUGGACCUGACAGCAAGUCACACUGUGAUGAUUACCAAAGGCCUUUCAAAUAAUACCAAAAGUGACAACUCCACAAAGAUAGAUACCACAUCCUUUCUGGAGAAUUUAAAGAAUCAUGCUGAGGAAUCAAGAAUUAAAAAGAAAUUAGAAUGCCCCAUAAUUUCCAUAAGUCAAAAUACUUUCUCAGAAAAAAUAAAUUCUGAGAACUUCAUAAAAAGAUUAAAAACAGGAAAAUAUAGUACCUCUCUUGAUAAGGAAAAUUCUGAGAUACCUAUUUAUUCCAAAGAAUCAAACAGUGUCUCUUCUACACAUCAAAUGCAUGUAUCUCUUAAUGUUGAUAAAAACAGUAGUAAUAGGACUAGAAUCUUUAGCGAACAAGAUGAUGGGAUGGAUUUGACCCAGUGUCAUACAGCCUAUAUUCAGACUUCUAUUCCUCCAUCCAGGCAGGACAACUUAGGAGGAUUUAAACAUGAUACUGUAAUUUAUGGCAAUGAGUGUAUGGAGUUGACAGCUAACUAUACAACAUGGAUUUUGCCAUCAGAAAAUAAUUUAUCUGAAACAGAAAUGAAAACUCAAAAUGUCAUGAUGAAUUUUACAACAGUUGAUGAAACUAAAGCUUCAGAGAAGAAAACAGUUCUUAAGGAUAAGCUAAAUGCUGCUUUUCAAGUCUCUUUUCUAAACCCUGAAAAUAAAAUUCAUAUUACCAAAAGUCAUAAUAUGGAGCCAGAAACUCAUACAGUCUCACAGACCAAUCAAGGCGCCAGCACAUUCGAUAAAACUUCAAAAUCUAUAUGUUCUAGUCCAACUAUUCAAGGUUAUAAGACAAUUUUUUAUUCUAGUAGCAAUGAUGCAAUGGAACUGACGAAGUGUCUAUCAAGUACGAAGGAGGAAAAAAGUUUGCUGAAGCCUGAUGGUAAUUAUUCUAAAGUAUGUGCCAGUCCAGUUGCUGGCCUACUCAUAGAGAAAACUACUUAUUCAGAAGAGGAUAACAUGGAAAUUACCAAGAGUCACACAAUUGUAAUAGAUAAUGAGAUGUUCACACAAGGUCAAGAAAACAUUAAAAAAGAAAUUACAGAUAUACCAGUAUCUGAAAAAGAAAUGAUUCCCCAAAAUCAUAUAACUACAUCAGAAGAUGAGAAAAUGAAUGUAAAUUAUAUUACAGUUCCUCAAGUAUUUAUGGAAGGAUUACAAGAGAGCCUAACAAAUAGACUAUCUGACAGAAGGAUUGAACCCUUAGCAGGUGAAGAUAUGGAUUUGUCUGAAAGUUAUACAAGUCAGUUAGGAAGUCAAGUUAUUCCUACAACUUUUGACUUAGCUUCAAAGAAUUUCACUGAGUCUUAUUCUCAGAGCAAAAACUCUUCAGAUGACAGGGGGAAAGUGACUAAAAGUCUUACCCAACCAUUCCAGAAAGCAAGCAUUAUACUCAAAAACAUCCUAACUGACUUCGAAAGCAAAGAAAAACAUCCAGUUUUGAAGAUUUCAUCUUGUCUUGGUAAAAAGUCUCCUCUGUCAGUUGAUUAUAAUCAGGACAUAGCAAGAAGCCAUAAUAUAUCCUCUUCUGGUACAGUUUUGGAUGAACAAGUAACAGUAGGACAUACAAUACAGGACCAGAAUUCUAAACUUUUUGAGCCACAGAGGAAAAACUUAGAUGAUCCCACACCUGACUGUUCUCAUAAGAUGAUAAUUUCUUCAGAGGAGGAACAAACUAUGGAUCUAACCAAGAGCCACACUAUUGUAAUCGGGUUUGGGCCUUCUGAAAUACAAGAACAAAGUAAGACUAACUUAGAACAUAGAAACAGCCAUCUCACAACAGUAAACAGACAAAUAGAUGUGAGCAUUCCUAUAGAAAAAACUGUAGUAACAACUAAUGAGAUGGACAUGUUAAAGGACAGAAGUAUACAGAAGCCUGAAUUUCUGAAAGAAAAGCAAAAUGUCGAAAUUUGUGAAAGAAAAAGUGCUCAUGGACUACAAAUUGAUAAAACCAUUUUAUUUUCAGAGGGUAAUGAGAAUGAUAUGGAUGUCACCAAGAGUUACACGGUGAAAAUAAACCAUAGAUCUUUAUUAGAUAAACAUGAUUCUCCUUUACCUAUGACAGGAACUUCUAAAACCAUUUUGUAUGCAUGUGGACAGGAUGAAAUGGAAAUCACUAGGAGUCACACAACUGCUUUAGAAUGUAAAAUUAUUUCACCAGAUGAAAUAACUCCUAGCCACCCAGAUAAUGCUGUGGUGUCUAUUAAAGGUCACGAGGAACUAGAAAUGACAAAGUCCCAUACUGUUUUUAUUGACUAUCAAUCAGAGGCGAACAGUGCCCUUCCAGACAGAUUUGACUUUGAGUUAUCCAAGAAAAAAUGCCUACAGAAGCCAAAAGGGGUGUCUACUACUGCUGAAGAAACUGUGUCCAUUUCAAAAAAUAGUGAAAGCAACCAUCUAGCAUCAAAAGGUAGCCAACUAACAAUACUGGAGGAAGGGUCUAAUAGUGGGCCUAGAAAAGAUACUAAUGAUGAUUCUGAGACAUCUAAAUUAGCCACUUGGAAAAAUGCCAAAGAUAUACAAAAACCUGGAUUUCUGAAUGAACUUCUGCCAAACAAAACUCAGAGAAGAAAAAGCCUUAGGCUCCAAAACAACAAGACGUUUCCAGAGAAUGCUAAAAAUAAUAGAGGUACCACUCAGAGUUCUGUGGUUGAAAUAAGUAAUAAAAUUAACCUGGAAGAUGGAGAGGACUUCAGUUUUGUGCCAUUAACAGGAACUUUUAAACCAGUUUUGUCUGCACACACGCCAAAGGACAUGGAAAUCUCUAGAAGUCAAACCACUGCUUUAGAAAAUAAAACUGACCCAGCAGAUGAAAUAACCAUACCUGUGGAUAACACUGUAAUGUUUCUCGAUAAUUUUGGUGAUCUGGAUGUCACCAAGUCCCAUACUGUUUUCAUCGAUUGUCAAGUCAAAGAGAAAGUACUUCAUGAAUAUACUAAGCUUGGAAUGGCAAGAACAGAAAACUGUAGUGGUCCUGAAAGUGAUGCCUGUAUUCAAAAAGCAUCAAACUCUAUAGUUUCAUCUAAUGUUUCAUGCUUUAGAAGUGUUAAGCCAAGUCUGAGUAAUUUGAAUGGAAAAACUGAGGAUGUUUUAGACUUUCAUACCGUUCAUAUAUUACCUCCUACAGAACAGUCACUUGAAAUAGGAAACCAGGCACAUAAUAUGAGUAUAGCACAAACUACAGAAAUGUAUAAUCAAGGUUCCAGUGGUGGUAGAGAUGAAGAAAAUGAAGAUCUUCAUAUUGGAGCUGAAACUACCUCUCUACCACUAACGGCCGUUGUCAAAGACAAAACAAGAAGAUGUUCAUUGGGAAUCUUUUUGCCCAAAUUUCCAAACAAGAAAAAUUGUAGUAUCACUGUUGUUGAUGACCUGGAGCAGAUUCCAGCAGGUGGAACUGACUUAAAUCACUUAGAAACUCAGCUAGUCUCUAGUAAAGAUUCAGACAUUGGAACUGAUGCAGUCAAACUGAACUUGAGUCCAUCUCAGUAUAUAAAUGAGGAAAAUCUCCCUAUAUAUCCUGAUGAGAUUCUUUCCUCAGACUCUAUCAGCACAGACACCGAAGAAAAGGCUCUGAUUGACACAUACUAUAAAGAGAUUUUACCAUCGGAAUGCAAAAUAGAAAUUUGCAAUGCCCCAAAAAGAACCCGGGUACAAGAAGAUGAUAAUGUUAUAAAUGAGAAAAAAAUCAAAACACAUGAUAGUAUACAAAAUCAGGAGAUUUUUGAUCAUCAUACUGAAGGGGAUAUCAAUAAAAAUGUCAACAGUGUAUUGAUAAAAAGCCUGAGCAGGACCCCGUCUAGUUGCAGCAGUGAUCAGGAUUCAAUCAAGGCUGACGGAAUCUCUCUGGACAUCAGUACACAACGCAAUAGCCAAAUGGAAUCACAGUUCCUUGGUGACAGUAUCUGUGAAGAUAGUUUGAGGGAGAAACUCAAGAAUGGACAAAUUACAAUAAAGGAGUUCUUCGUACUUCUUCAGGUCCACAUCUUAAUACAGAAACCCAGGCAGAGCCAUCUUCCAGCCAAAUUUGCUAUAAACUCAUCACCUACCCCUGAAGAUCUGAUGUUGAGACAGUAUGUUUAUGGACCCAAGAUACAGAUUUACAGAGAAGAUUGUGAGCUUCUUCGCCAAAAGAUUGAAGAAUUACAGGUAUCUGCAUUGACCCAAGAUAAACUAUUGACUGAUGUAAAUAGGAACUUGUGGGAAAAAAUGAAAGACUGCUCUAAUGAAGAGCUGAAAACCUAUGGGAUUUACCUUAACAAAAUAAAGUCACGUUAUACCAAGAUGACAAAAGUCUUCACUCACCAAGGAAAAGUGGCUCUGUAUAACAAAUUGGUGCAUUCAGCUGAGGGCUAUGAAUGUAGUUUAGUUGAAACUAGGAAAUUGGAGAAUGAAGAGAAAGAUGACCCUAUGGAAGAAUGGGAUUCUGAAAUGAAAUAUGCAGAAAAAGAACUGGAACAGUUGAAAACUGAAGAGGAGGAGCUCCAAAGAAAGUUCUUAGAAGUAGAGACACAGAAAACGCAGACUCUUGCUCAGAUAGAGUUUAUAAAAGAACAAACAAAGAAAACUGAAGAAUUACUAGAUCAACCGAGUUUGUCUGAGUGGGAUGUCAUUGAGUGGAGUGAUGAUCAAGCUGUAUUUACCUUUGUUUAUGACACAAUAGAACUUACCAUCACCUUUGGAGAACCAGUAGAACAUAAAGCUCCUCCUUCCUCCCUUUUAGUUCAUAAGCUAAUUUUUCAGUACAUUGAGGAACAGGAGUCCUGGAGGAAGAAAUGCACCACACAACAUCAGGUUCCCCAGAUGCUUCAAGAACUCUCACUAGUAGUAAACCAUUGCAGACUUCUUGGAGAAGAGAUUGAAUUUUUAAAGAGAUGGGGGCCAAAUUAUAGUCUAAUGGAUAUAAAUGUGAAUAAUAUUGAAUUAAGACUUUUAUUCUCCAGCACUGCAGCAUUUGCAAAAUUUGAGAUAACUUUGUCUCUCUCAGCCCAGUAUCCCUUCGUCCCACUGCCAUUCACCAUUCAAAAUCACCUUGGGAACAUGAGCCACAAUGAAAUUGCUGCAAUUAUAUCUAAAGUGCCUUUAGAGGACAACUACCUGAAGAAUGUGGUCAAGCAAAUUUACCAGCAUCUACUUAAGGACUGAAAUUUUUAAGGACCGAAAUUUUUACCAUAAAACCCACGGGAUCACAGCUAUAACAACUAAGGAAAAAUGCAUUUACCCAGGCCUAGAGGUGCAAUCUCGUAAUUGCAGGAUUCGAGUGAGAUAAAAUCACAAGGUCAGGGUAGCAUGGGCUAUCUAUGAGACAUGGUCUAAAUAGACAAACAGAAAACUUAACGAAUACAUCAGGGUCAUCGUUGUUGUUUAUCCUAACAUCAUAUAAAACUAGCAAAGUGCCUCUUGAUGAUGUCAUAGUUAAUUUGUAUCAUUAGUUGUGAAAUACCUAGUCAAAAAUGGUGAGGUCUCAAAUAGCAUAUAUCAACUUUCUUAUCCUUAUACCCAAGAUUAAAUAACAGGACAUGUGGGAAAUUUGCCCUAAUCUAACGCAUUGAUGGAGCACUUACCUGUGUAAUAAAUUCCUAGAGUUAAUACCACAGAAAUAAUUCUUUUUAAACAUAGUGCUCUUUCCCAUACUAUGAGCUCUAAGGAGUAGCUUUUACAAGGAAGUAGGAUGACCAAUACCACUGCCCCCUAUUUAGUGCUUCUGUGCAUAGCUUCUUCGCCUAGCAGGUAUGUCUAGAGUAGAAACAUCUCUCAGCUUGGUACAGAACACGGUAACAGGAGGACAACUAAUCUCAUGACUUCCAGACUAGUAUGGUCAACAGAGUGAAAUUUUCUCAAUAAGAACUGAAAAAUGUCUUUAUCCACAAACUACUCAGCCUCUUUCCCCAUUUCAGAAAUGCUAUUAAGAGAAAGCAGAAGCACUCAGCUUUUGAAAUGGUUGCCAUCUUCUCUUGACAGUCUUGGUAUUUUUUUCUACAGUGUCUAUUAAUGUAUUCUUAAGUGUACUUUUUCUAGGAAAAAUUCAUUCAUCUUGCUAUAUUAUGUAAAUAUUUGAAUGUUUUUGUAUUUGUGAUAUAUGAUCUAUGUAGUAAACAGAUAAUAUGCCUUUGGUGUAUGCUAGUUUCUUCU